AACAGUGAGUGGUGGGCGGACUGACAGGGUUUUCAGCCUGAACUGAGACGGAUAAUAGAAAUAUUUACGGCGUGUUGUCGAGCUGAGCCUGCAUGGCCCUGUGGCAGGAGCACGGUCGCCAUCUCUGGGUAAACAGUGUAACCGAAUCACGCAGUUGAUAUUGUGUAGUGUGUAUUUGGAGACGGAGCGUACAGUAGCAGCAGCAGCAGCAGCAGGCGGGGUGCUAUGCUGCCUGCAACCACCACAGCGGACACAAACACGACUCCAAUGCAGGACUUGAUGCUUUGUUUGUCUCCUGCACAUCCUCGGACUGUCACCUUCUCGCUGAUAAUUCGUAUCUUUUUUGUAAGCUCCGGGGAUAUGGGACUGCAUGCUUCGGGUAAGAUGGGAUUUUAAUGGUGCACGUAGCGGACGCUCUGCUAGCCUGUGCACAGCCCGGGGACUGUAGUACGCUCGGUAAUGUUUGCCAAGGAAUAAAACGGUGUAGCCGAAGGUGCAGAACAUCUCGUUUCCAUGGACAACACGUCCAUAAUAACACAGGUUGCAAAUCCGAAAGAGGAGGAGAGCAUUUCUUCAAGUCAGGAUAAAGUCUCCCAAUCUAACAGCAGCCUAAAGAAGCACCGGAGCCGCAGCAUCUUCAGCCCCUUCUUCUGCUGCUUCCGAAACUACAAUGACUAUCAUGUGGAGGCACCACCCACCAACAACAAGACACUUUCUCUUCCCCCACCGCCAGAGGAGAAUGGCAGCCCUCCCAAGUGUGACCAGGUCCAGGUCAUCCCCAUCCCCAGUCCUCCAGCCAAGUUCCUCCUGCCAGAGGUCAGUAUAGCAGACUACGGCAAGAACUGUGUGGUGAUCGACCUGGAUGAAACCCUCGUACACAGCUCUUUCAAGCCUAUCAGCAAUGCAGACUUCAUCGUUCCAGUGGAGAUUGAUGGGACAGUUCAUCAGGUGUAUGUGCUAAAGAGGCCACAUGUGGACGAGUUUCUCCAGAAGAUGGGGGAACUCUUUGAAUGCGUCCUCUUCACAGCAAGCUUAGCCAAGUAUGCUGACCCUGUGGCAGACCUGCUGGACCAGUGGGGGGUAUUUCGCGCCCGGCUCUUCAGGGAAUCCUGUGUUUUCCACAGAGGAAACUAUGUCAAAGACCUCAGCCGGCUGGGCCGAGAGCUCAGUAAAGUCAUCAUCAUAGACAACUCACCUGCCUCCUACAUCUUCCACCCUGAGAAUGCAGUCCCAGUGCAGUCCUGGUUUGACGACAUGACGGACACAGAGCUGCUGGACCUAAUUCCCAUGUUUGAGGGCCUCAGUAAAGAGGAGGACGUUUACAGUCUGUUACAGAGCCUGAGGAACAGGUAGCAGACGGCUGCUCCUGCUGGACUUCCUUCAGGCCCCGCAGUUCCGCUCCAGGAGUCCCUGCGUGGCUUUCGAUCUGAGGACUUCAGGCAAUUGUUCGGGUCAUUGUGAAAUCUCGAGACAGCAACUGAUCUCUGCAUCUUUGGACUCUUUGUACAGGACUCCUAGUGACAAAAUAUUCUAUUACUGUAUGUACAUACUAUAUGUUUCUAAGAGCAAGACAUACAUAAAGUAAUUUUUCUAUCAAAGAGAGGAGGUUUUACUAUUCUACCAAGUAAUAUUUUAGUUACCAAAAAUAAUCAAAUAGACAGAACGAAGAGUUCCUUUUGGGAGAAUGAGUGACCUAUUGUUUUUUUUUUGUGUUGAGCUGUGCUAUGCAGGCUGUUGUUUCUCGUCUGACCUUUUGUUCGAACAACUGUGAUUUCUCUUCUCUUACAGAAUGAAGUGCCUUCAUUACUGUGCUGAUUUUGUUGUGUCGGGUUAUGGGGUGCACAUUUUAAUGCUGCAUAUUUACUGAAAUUUUUGGAAACAUACGAACUAAAUCCUUGAAUUUAUUUGGAAACAAGUCUUUAGUGAUUGUGAAUUAAUCCAAGAAAAGUGGAACUAUAAUUUCUAAAGAAAACUAUAUAACUACCCUGUUAGAUUGGAUGAUUCUUUGCUUUUGAGUUUGGUGACAUUGAAUUGUUAAACUUACCAAAGAUUUUUACAAUUCAAUGUGAUUUGUGACUGAAUGCCAUCAUUUGAUCCUCGACAGUGGCUGUAAAAUGAUCCUUAAAGACAUUAAAACCCCCCUUAAUUUAUGAAAAGAGGAACCUUUAUGAUGACAUCACUGUCCACCAAUAAAUGUUAAACUUUUGAAGAAAAUAUAAAGAUUAGCUUAGAUUACAUGAAAUUGUAUUUAUUGGGGAAAAUGGGGUUGGGUGCAUUGUAAAGACUGCUGUUGAAAUCGUACUGUACAACAUUAUUAAAGUUGCAGGU